GAUCAAAAGACCAUAUAAAAGUGCAGGGUGAAAUUUUGGAGGGCCUCGUGGCACGCGUUGUAAAGCGUGAAAGCUCAGAGCACAUGGAGUGGGUUUUGAGAGAUUUUCCUCCUCCGCCAUUAGAUGUUGAGGGUUUGGACCUGGGACCUACGCUACGUGAAAUUUGUGCUGCAAAUAGAUCAGAAACGCAGCAAAUAAAGGCACUUCUUCAGAGUGCUGGCACGGCUUUCUGCCCAAAUUAUUUGGACUGGUUUGGAGAUGACGAUUCUGGCUCACAUUCAAGAAAUGCUGAUCGAUCUGUUGUCUCAAAGUUCUUACAGUCACAUCCUGCUGAUUUUUCUACAGGAAAAUUACAGGAAAUGGUUCGUUUGAUGAGGGAAAAGCGCUUUCCUGCUGCCUUCAAGUGUCACUAUAACUUCCAUAAAAUUAAUGAUUUAUCGAGUGACAACCUGCCUUUCAAAAUGGUGAUCCAUGUAUAUAGUGAUUCAGGUUUUCGCCGGUACCAGAAAGAGAUGAGGCACAAACCAGGAUUGUGGCCUUUGUAUCGAGGCUUUUUCGUUGACCUGGAUCUAUUCAAGGUCAAUGAGAAGAAAAGUGCUGAGAUGGUAAGAAGUAGCAAUGAAAUGGUAAAAAAUGAGGAAGAGGACAGCAGUUUAGCUGAUGAAGAUGCAAAUCUGAUGGUCUAAGUUGAAAUUUCUUACUUACAAGGUAAUACAGUUUUUAAAUACGCUUUCACUAACAGAGACUUCAUGUCACUCUCGCUUGUUGGUGAAUUGAAACCUGUUGUUCUGCUGCUCCUAGGGGCAUUCUUUUUCAAGUUGUAGUUAUCUUUUAAAUCAAUUGUAUUUCUUUAAUGCAUGCUCAUGCAGAAUAGAGCCAUUUAUGAGAUAAGUGCCCCUUAAUUUGUGCUUACCAACUAUAACCAAAACCGUAGGCUUAUAUGAUACUGGAAUUGUGGAAUCAAUUUUGAUCGCUUGAAGCUGGCAAGACACCUUCCUAGAUUCAACAGUAAACGACAUGGACUUGGGAUUGAUAGAUGUUUCCUUUAGGAUCCUUUCACCCUCUUAUGAGAAAUCAAAGUUUGUGGACCAUCAGAUGUCGAGAUGUCGAGCCUACUGCUUAAUUUUAUUUUAAGAAAAACCUUGAUACGAUCCUAGGAUCGCCCAACCCCUUCACUAGAAGUCAAGUUCGAGGGCUACAAGGUUUAUAGGCUGUAUCAACCAAAAGAAGGAUGUUGGAGCUUGAUUUGAGGCCGACCAAGGGAUGCCAUGAGCCGGAGAUCGAGUUGGAAGGCCAAAAUGACAAGAUUGAGGGAGGAGCUCACUGGUUUGGCGCGACUGGAGGUGCGACGGACCGUCACCAAGGUGACUGGCCGUCACUGUGGCCAUCCCAGGAAGCCCCAGGGCAGUAGCCCACUGGUUCAAGUUGACGGCCAAGUUGACCGACCGUCACUGUGGCCGUCACUUGGAGAUAGAAUGUCAAGUUCGUGGGUUUUUGUUUCUUUUAAUGCGUAGGUCACUUUUGGGCCUUAGUUUGGACUAUAAAUAGAAACUUCUAGGUUAUUUUCAUUAGUUUUUGUUGAAUAUUGAUGAAUUAACACUUGUAAGUGUUGUUGAGUUCUUGUUGAACUUGUUGAUUAGAGAUGGAGGAUGUUAGGAAUUUGAUAUCCUUUCGGUCCCCGUAAGAGCUAGGUGCUUGUGGUAAUCAUUAACGGAGGUUUUAGGGAUCGAAAUACCCUUUGAUCGCCCUUUAGCUAUCAUUUUGUGUCUAUCUUUCUAUCUUUUUAUCGGUUAAUUAUUUGUCUCGUUUUUCAUUAUUUUCUUUCAUUUUUGUGUGGUUUUCGUUUUUCAUGGUUUCGCUUGCAUCAUUUGGUAUCAAAGCCGAGCUUAGAAUCGUUUCCACGAUUCUAGUCUUGGGUUUAUUAUCUAGAAAAUCACAAAAAAAAGUCGUAUUCACGUUUUUGGGUUGUGUUGAAAUUUUGAGUUUUUGAUUUUUGUGUCAUUUUGUGUUUCUAGUACUAUUUGAGUCGUUAUCUAAAAUUUGAGUUUAAUCCGAUAAAUUUUGAGUGACUCACCAUUGUUGAAGCUUAAACUUGAAGAAAAUUCAAAUGGAUUUGAAGAUCUGAAAUUAUUGGGUGAGUUUUGAGCUAUAAAAACUAUUGGGGUUUGUUCGGGAGCUUGAAAUUAUUGAAUUCCGAGUUCGUUUGAUCGAGGGUCAAAAUUUUGACUGUUCUUCAAGUUCAGGCAAGAUUUUGAUCCAAAAGAAUUGAAAAAAAAAGAAGUUGUACUUGUUUAUUCUCAAGGAAUAUUCCCCAAAGAACAAAGGCCCCACAAUUUUCUCACCUGGUGCUGGUGCUGGGUGACAGGCAUAGUGACGGUCAAUCACCAUCCCGACGGCCAGUCAACCCUUCUGUCACCCCAAGGCAGCCUCAACCACUUACUGGUUAAGGAGUGACGGCUAGAGUGACGGUCAGUCACCCCUUCAGUCACUUCCAUAAAGUUCCGUAAGCUCAUUUUAGAUUCUUAGUUUCAUUUUCCUUGAUUCUUAAAUAUCUUUAACUUGUUGAUUCUAACACUAAUUAACAACUAGUAAUCCAUCUACUUAGUUGCUAAUUAAUUCUUGAGUUCGUUUCUUUCCUCGUCCCAUUUCUUUUAGUGCUUUUCUUGUUUUACAUUGUCGUAAGUUCUUGGUUCAAGUCCUUAAGUAUUUCUUUAAGUCCUUCAAAAACACAAUGGCAUCUAGGGUUGAUAACCAAAGUGCUUCGGGAGAGAUAAACUUGGAAGCUAUAAUGGCGGCCAUAAUGAAUGUGACACGAGAUGUAAAGGAAAUACGAAGUGAAUUGUCGGGAUUGAAUGGAAGGAUGGUUAAUAUGGAAGGGUGUCUAAACUCCACCACAUCAACUCCUCAAAAUCUUCAUGCUUCAUCUAGUGGUCAUGCUCAUAAUACCUCCACUACUAUAACUCCAAAAACACUUCACCAAAUGCUCAACCCACCGAUACAAAUACACUAACCUAACCCCCAAAUCCCUACUUAUCCAAACAACCGGAAUCCCGUUUGCCCACUACAACCCCAAUUCAAUCAAGUCAAUUAAUAAGCUCCACAAAACCAUCCCAUCAUCCAAAACCAACCACCUCAAUCCCAACUAACCACAACUAACCAAUCCAAAUUGAGGAUGUGGAAGGUGAGGAACCUCGUAGAGGAAACGAAAAGUUGGAUGAAGUGGCCUUGUUUGCGGAAUUUGUACGGAAUAGACGAGGAGCUCAUGGGGAGGAUUUAAAGACCGAGGAGGAAGAUUUGGUCCGGUUCCCCAUGGAAGAGGAAACUUGGGAAACCGACCCCAAGUUCAAAAAGACCCUCAAUGGGACCAAGGAGGCAAUAUGGGACGAGACACGAGUCUUAACUCCAUCAAAAUCACUCUUCCUACCUUCAAAGGAACUAGUGAUCCAUCUGUCUACCUUGAUUGGGAGUUCAAUGCUAUAGGGUCUUCCAACUCAAUGAAUUAACCGAACACAAGAAGGCCGCCCAUCCAAUUGCUCAACUCGAAGGGUAUGCUUCUACUUGGUGGAGACUAAAAGAGUGCAAAGAGAGAAAUGAUAAUCCCGACCUUUCGGAUUGGGAUGAAUUGAGGGCACUCAUGAGAGAGAGGUAUGUGACGGAGAGGUUCAAACAAGAGCAACUCACCAAGCUUUAUAAUUUGCGACAAAGAGGUAGAAGUAUGGAAGAUUACUGUGAGGAAUUCCAAAAUUUGAUUCCUUGUCUUGAGAUUGUCGAACCACCUAAUCAUUAUAUGGCUAGAUUCAAAGAUGGGUUGAACUAUGACAUUGUUUCUCAAUUGGUUAUUCAUAAGUUUGAACAAAUAAAAGAUCUUGUAUAAGCGGCCAUCGAGGUUGAGAGGAACAACAAUGCAAAGGAGUCAUUCAAUAAAGACGACACAACUUCUAAUUCAUCCGGGUGGAACAAGAACAAGGAUUCCAACAAGUCCUAUGAGAAAAGGCCCGUUGAGAAGGCUACCCCAAAGUAUCCUCAAAGAAUUGAAGGUAAUCCCUAGUCUAACACCAAUCCUAGAGAUAUUGUUUGUUCUAAGUGUCAAUAAUGGGGUUAGAGAGCAAGUGAAUGCCCCAAUCGAAGAAACAUAGUUUUUGUGGGAGGUGUUGCCUACUUUGUUGGAGAUAAGGUGAACCAAGAAAUUGAUGGUGAGGAAGACUUUGAGGGUGAAGGUGAAGUUGAGAUAGGUGAAG